AAAAGUACACCCCGUUCUCUUUCAUGACUUUCCCAUAUUGUACUGUUACAUCAAUAAAUAACCACCAUCCAAAAAAGAAUAAUAAUCCACUGGUACAUGCGAUACAAGCAGUACGGUUAAAUUUUAAUUCCAUAUGUAUUUAAUCAAACGUCAAACGUCACUUAACGUUUUUUGUUGUUAAAUUAUUCAAAAUGUUUGCGUCCGCUAGCGAAAGUUUAAGUUAUCACAAAUGGUGCAAUAACGAUUUAGAAAAUUAUUUUAUUUUUACCGAAGAAAACAAGGGGAAAUAUGUGAAUUUUUCUUGGAGUCACGAUAAUACUUACAUUGCUGUAGUCCAGGAAAAUGAAAAACCAAUAAUUUUGUCUUCGAGGGAUAAAACUAAUAUGCACCAUGUUCAUACAGUGCAAGUUCUUGAUAAUGUUACAAACUUAGCCUUUAAAAACCACACAAAAAAAAUCAUUGCAUUUGGAAAUUCGCACGGCGACGUCUGUAUAUACAAUACAAAAAAAAGGGACGUCGAAACAAAAAUACCCAACCUAAAAACACCAAUAAACAGCCUUGAGUAUAGCGUAGACGAUCAACAAUUGGCAAUACUGAACGAUCAAAAGUUGAUUUUGUAUAAUACUGAGAAUUACAAUCAGGAUUUAAGCCAGUUGUUUCAUAAAUCCCUAUGUACUACAAUGAAAUUUCACCCUAUAAUGCCCAACCAGUGUGCAGUUGGUUGCCUAAAUGGUAAUGUUGUGUUUUGGGAUAUCUAUACCAGUGUCAAGCUGAGGCACUAUCAGAAACAUUCUAAUAAAGUAACAGGUGUUGCUAUGACAAGUUGUGGCAAACAACUCCUAAGCGGUGGUUUAGACUACAAAAUAUGCCUUAUAGACAACUUGAUGGGUGACUGCGUUUUUCGUAUGAAUUUACACCAACCAGUCACAACCAUGGACUUGAGUCCAGAUGAUAAACUGAUCGCGAUUGGCACUGAAGAUGGCAGUGUGUAUUUGUACGACAUGAGAAAUUAUCUGCAGCCGAUUUAUAGGCGAAAAGUUCACAAUACGGCUGUGAAUAAGAUCAAGUUUGAACACGGUUUUGUAGGAAACCAUGAGGUUUUGAACUUCAGAAAGUCUUCCAUAUCUAUGGGUUCAGAGAAGGAAGCAGAGUUGCUAGCGAUACCUAAGAUACCACCACCCACAGUGCAGAAAAAUGAAAUUUUCGAGCAAAUUAAAAGAGAUUUAAUGAAAAGUUUGAAAUUACAAAUGGACGACCUAGAGGGCCAAUUAAUUCAACACUGCUCCAAAUUCCAGAAUUUUCUCGAUAAUGAAUUUGACUCCCUCCAUGAAUCCCUCAAAUGCAAAUGGGACAUUUUUUCUGGAGACGGAGCUCAACUAAUGCAGGCUCUGAACUGCGGCGACACCAAUAAAAGUUGUACCACAUUAAAUAAAAAAAAGUAGAUUGAAGGUAAUUAGGUUUAUUAAUAAAAUAUACAUCAUAUAUCAUAGGUUUUAAAAUGCUGCUCACCCUCAGAUAAAUAACAUAGAAAUGAACUAAACUAUAUAAAUCAAACAAUUAAGCCCGUUUAUAGAUUGCCUUCCUUCCUUCCUUCCUCCCGUAAAAGAUGAACCGUUGUGCUGUUUAUAGAUUCCCUUACGGGAAUCUACUACGAUUUUCGAAUUUUUUAUCUUUUACGGGAGGAAGGAAGGAAGGCAAUGUAUAAAUAAGGCUUUAAACUAAGCCAUAAGUCAUGUACAAAAUAUACUACCUAAAUACUUGGCUAAUAUACAGCUCUUUCGUAAAAAUAACUAUAAUUUAGUUAUUUACAUUUGUACCAAAAUCCGAAAAGAAUACAAAAUGGUAACGAAAUGUUUUUAAAUUGCCUCUAUGUAAUUUUAAGUCCGGGUAGUGGGUGCCACCGGAAUGUUCCUUCUGACAGGUUUUUUUUUUAGAUUUUACAACCAAACUAUAAGAGGUCAAAAAAGCUAUUUAGCUUGUAGCUCUACAAUUUUUUUGUUUGGAAAUGUGGAACUUUUUAAAUAUUCAAAUUACGAAAACUAAAGUUGUAGGAAAUAUGUUCAUAAAUAACUUUUGUAAUAAACUUUUUAACGUAGCAAUUAUAUAUUUAUAUAUAAUAUAUUUACCGAGAUAAUAAACUCCUUGGGUGUGUUCCGCCAGCACCCACUAACUACCCUAAAAAAUAUAUUGCAACUGCUAUUUUUUUUGUCAAUUUAACGAAACUCUAAAUAAAAAAAUAUUUUUGUCCGAUAGUAUCUUGGAAUGACGUAACACUAGAAAAAUAAUAAAUACACUUAGCAAUUAAAAUAAUCCAGUCGUGUCUAUUACACUUUUAAAUUAACCCGCACUUAACUAUUGAUAAUAAUAAUUAUUAUACUAAUAUCAGUAUUUACACAAAAAAUACUGCAUAGGAGAUUAUCUCGUAAAUUAAAUUAAAAAAAUUGUCCGUCACUGCCUAUGGGCGUGCUAUUUGACAGCUCACUGUUUUCGAGAUCCAAGUAGGUGGGCGCAUCGCCCGGAUACAACGGCAACAGCGGCUUAGCGGCGUUGCCGUUGGUGGUCGCCAUCAUGCAGGAGGCGGGAGCGCUCGCCGCGGGCGCCUCUGGAGGAGGGGCGCUCUCCGCCGACGUGCCUUGUGCUGAGGGAGACCUAAAAGGUGUU